CUGGCUACUCCCAUGCUAAAAACUCUCCCGGGAAACAUACCCCACAUCCUGUCGGAUGUAGUCAUACAUACCCCAACAUCCCGUCGGAUGUGGUCAUACAUACCCCACACCACUAUGGGUGUAGUCAUACCCCGACACCACUCUGGGUGUGGUCAUAUCUCGUAAGAAUUCUUCAGUCACCACCACAUGAGAGGUGUGACUAUCAUACAUAUCAUAAUAGAGUAAUAGCAUAGGGAGCCCUAAUUACUAUGUAGUUGACCGUGAGAUCACAACACUCAUAUUUGGUAUCCUUAUACAUGAUUCAUAUCUCAUCUUGCUUAAUCAUAAUUCAUUACUUGCACAUGUACUUGACCUGGCCAUAAUUGGCUCAACAUAGGUAAAACAGGAGUCGUAUAAUUGCACUUCCUCGGGAUAAACCCUCGUGCAAGUCAUCCUCCUUAAACAUCAUAAUAUCACCAGGGAAUAUAUAUUUUCCCACUUGUGCAUCCAAAUGCAACAAUCAUGAAAAAUCAUACCUAAUCAGCUUCUCGAACCAUCGUAAAGCAUAUUAACAAUCAAGCCACAAUUUGCAACAUAUACACAAUCAUCAGCAUAAACAAGAUUCAUAUCAAUUAGGGCAAGUCAAUAAUAUCAUACAGCAAUCCAAGGUUCAACAUAUAGCACAAAAGCUCAUACACCCAUAAUCAUGCCAUUCUAGUUCACCUAGAUCAAUUCUAAGCAUCAAUAUAAUUAUCGUGAUACGACAAACCCGGUAUGUCGUGCUAAUCCCUCACCAGUUCUGGUCGUUCAAACACCGGUUUAAGCUUCCCGUACUAAAACGUCAAUUUCACGAACAAACCCCGAAUUAAAAUCCGAGACCGUCCUAAUAUCCUCUGCAGUAUCCCCGUCAAUAUUAGUUCUAGGCUCCGGGUCAAAUUCUCAAUAAAAACACAUCAAACCCUGGCUGGAGCUAAAUUCAGCGAUUUGGACCUCGACCUAAAAAAUUGCCGAAAUUCAGGGAUUAGAACUAGAGGAUUGAUUACCUCGCUGCAGGAAGCUCGUAUAUAAAAUUUGGGCUCAAUCCGGCUUCCGGAUACUCCGAAACCCUAAUUUGGCUUAUCGGGGUUACGAGAAAUUCCUGAACCAAAAACUCGUUUUAAAGCUCUAAAUCAAUAAACUACGAUGUAUAGAUGAAUUAGGCAUUACUUACGGGAUUUUUGGAUCACUAGAGCUCAAGAUUCGAGCUCUGAAAUUUCUAGCCGAGCUGCCUCUGCAUCUCUGUUUCUCUCGGCCGGAAAUGGAAGAAGAAGAAGAAAUGGAUGGGGAAAGAAAUGACGGGGAAGGGAUUUAUAUUGUGGUCAAUGACCGCUUAAUGUAAUUAUAUAUAUUAUAUAUAAUUAAUACGUAUACUUGCCUGAUCGAUUCAUAAUCCGAUUUUUGUCGAAAUACUAUCAAAAUGUUUGAUUUUAAAUCACGAACUGUCUAGCGAUCAAAAUAUGGGUUUAGCCGAAAUGGGAUGUUAUAACUUCCUCCCACAACCCGAUGUGAAAUCCGAAUUGGAGUUAACAUCGGAGAGCUUCAUAGAAAGUAAAUCAUUAGAGCUUUCCAUGGAGAAAUUUGAAAUAACAUGCUCCCAACAUGGAUUACCUACCCCUCCCUCCUUCCUAUUUGAACCUACAAGAGAAGUUUGAGCAAGCUUGUGCACGCCUAUGCUCUUACCACUUGAAGAGGAGAUUAAUGACGACCAUGUGGAGCAAGAGGAUCUCAUCCCAGAGAUCUAUAGUGGUGAGGAUGACCAAGAGUGAGUCAUUAAUGACUUUCAAACCCUUCCCCAUCCAAAUACCAGCUUUGAAGACCGAGUCACAAGGUUUGAGGAGCAAGAUGACCCGAUUAAUGAUCUUGCAUGGCGACUUGUCCUUCAAUUUAGGGAUGGCAAUGGGUCGGGUUUUGCCAAACCCAAACCCAUGGGUUUAUCCGUGAAAAAAACCCGGGGUAAAACCCACUGGGUUUGAAAAACUCAAACCCAACCCGCUGGGUAUCCGUGGUUCAUGGGUACCCACGGGUUUUUGUCGUAAAAAAUUUACAAUAACAAGUUCCUAUCAAAAUUAAAGUCAAAUAUCAUAUAUAAAACACUAUAUAUAAAACACCAUUCUAGAAAAUUCAAGCAAAUCACAAAUUAACUAUAUUUUUUUUACAAAUUGUUCCACACCAAUCUAGAAAACUCAAGAAAAUUGAAGCAAAUCACAAAUUAUCCAUAAAUAACAUGAUUAAUUGAAAGCUUCUUCCUUUCAAUUAAGUUUCUUCACUCUCCACUCGAUAACAUCAACUUCAUUCUACACAAUUUGAAAGAAAAAAUUUGACAUGUCUCCACAAACAUAAGUAAGAUUAUUGUUUAGAAUAUUAAAUAUACCGAAAAAAUUAACUAUAUGGGUGUGAGCGGGUACCCAUGGGUCGGAUUUACCUAAACCCAAACCCAACCCAACCCGGUGAAUAGUGAACGGGUUUAAACCCAAACCCGGCCCAAAACCCGUCAACACGGAUUUUACCCGCGUUGACCGGGUUGGGUCGGGUGGGUACCCGUGGGUUCGGGUUUUGUUGCCAUCCCUACUUCAAUUCGUGCGUGAAAACAUGGAUGAGACGGUGCGAGAGGGGGUUGAUGAGGAGGAAGUGAGCACCAAAGAGGAGGAUGAUCUUGAUUUUUCCCAAGGGGAGGGAGGUCGAAGAUGCAAGUUGUGUCCGAUCAAUGGAUGAGGUCGGGGUGGAUGAAGCUUUUACAAGUUACAAGUACUACGAAAGCUUAAUUAUACAUAUUUUACUCUUCAUUUCUUGAUUGUUUGACGUGGUGUUUAGCGUUCCUCGACUUAUUUGUCAUAUUUGAGAUCUUAUUACAUGUGGGAAGCUUAGGAGCAAGUUUUGAGGCAUUUGGAGAUCAAAACAAGCCAAAGUGUGGCGUUUGUGCAAAGAUCACGGGUUUAGUGUAAUUCUCAUGAUUUCAGGGGGGACAUUUGCACACAGUUCCAUCAGCACAUUUGCAUUUUGCGAGCAUUUUCAAAUCUCACGGAUUAACCGUGAGAUGUGAGCCACAACCGUGACUUAUGACCUAGAGAAGACUUGGGACGUUCCAAGGGCCAAAUGACGCGCUUUUGAUUGAUCUCACGACAUUUGUUGAUGUCACGGUCGUGACCUUUGACAGGGAACUCCGCAAACUGCAGUAUAAAGAUGUUUUCUGCGUUUUUGAGAGGAGCAGAGCUUGGGUUUUAGCCAAAAAUAGGUAAGGGACGUUCCAAAUAGAUAUAUAUAUAUAUAUAUAUAUAUAUAGAGAGAGAGAGAGAGAGAGAGAGAGAGUGGCCUAGAAGCGUUCAUGAAGCUUUUUUGGAGGUACCCAACCCCAUUGGAGCUAGAAAAUCAUGCCUAGAAGAUCUUGAGGUUUAUAUUACAUUCUCUCCCCUCUCUAUUGAAUAGUUCUCCUUCACUUAGGUUUUGAUGAACUCUAGUUAUGUUUAGCUUGAUUGUGUGAGUACUCUAACUUUUGAUAUUCUUGUUUUCAUAUCCAAUCUAUGCAUGUUUUGAUGUUCAAUUCUUCCUUCAUCAAGAUUAAUUGAUUUUGCUAUUGAUCUAUGAGAGAGAAAAUAUGAUUAUGUUAAUUAGAUCACCAUAGAUUGGGAGUAAGGGCUCGAUAACACGAGUGUGAGUCGGUUCUUUGCUUUGUAUUAUGUUGGAAUUUCACCCAAUAGAAGGGGCUAGUGCUGAAUGCCAUGAUCGAUUGUUUUAUAGAAGGUUAUGACCCUCUAAUCAAUCCAAUCAAGAAGGUCUUGAUUGUUUGAAUAAAGAUUCAAGGUCUAGUCAAGGACUCUCCUCAUUAUGAAUGAAGAAUGAAUCAAGUUGAGGAUCGCCAAUCAUACGUGUGGUUAGUGGCUAGAGGGAUUCAAUGACUAAUUGAGCUCCCAACUUGUAAAUUAGCUAGUGUGGUUAUAAGACUAGUCUAUUUAGUUUAGUUUCUUGAACUUAAACCUUGUUUUGCUAGAUAACAAAUCGAAGUUGAACUAACCGUACAUCUAGAGACCUAAGGCUUUGAUAAUUUUAUCACUUGCUUCCACUAUACUACACCCAGUCCUUGGUUAUGCUUGACUUUCGAUUGGGAGUGUAGUUUAGAGCGAGUGAGUGGACAAUGAAUAAGAUUCCACCUUAGUCUCCACCUUGCAGCUUUUACCCCGCACUUUGAAUGUGGCUUGUGAACUUUGUAUGAGAAUUGGGUCAAGAUAGAACUCACAUAAUCCCCUCUCUUGGGUAGGUAAGACACAACGGUCUCACAGAUUUCCAAAAAUUUAGCAAAAGUAUCACAUUCAAGGAGUCGAGAGAAAUCUGGCUUGACUCCAUGAUUCAUCUCCAUCUUGUUCUUGCAGUUUUAUUCAUGGUCUCCAACUUCAAGAAUGGUAUUCUCCACUUUUACACCAAGAGCUCCUUUGAAAUGAUGAGUUCUUCCUUCUUUGCCUUCACUUCCUCAUGCUCAAAAUUAGAGUCUCCCAACGGCUUCAUUAUACAUUAAGAAGGAGAUGUAGGUUGUCAUGAAGAGGUUCACCAAUUCCAAAGGUGGGGUUUUUGAUGAAUUGACAUAGAGCAGCUUCGUCUUUCUACUUUGUUUUCCUUAAUCUCGCAGUAUAUGGAGCUUUGGUCAAUUUGAUGAUGUUAUGUCCUUUCAUUGAGGAGGGGAGAUAGGUGGUAGCAUGUUCUUUUCCUUGGUUGGAUGCCAUGUUGGUCUGAUCUUCAAAUUUUUUGGGUGGUCACUCUGAUUCCAUAUUGGUUGGUGGAGGUGGUUGCUCUUUUAACGCUCCUCAUCUUCAUUUUUUUCUAUAGGUUGAGCAUCAUUGGGUAAACUUUGAGUAAGUGGUGAAGGGGGAUCAUGAGAUUCUGCCACUUCCUUCUAGAUAUCUUCUUGUGCCUGUAGAGGUCAAUUGCUUGCAUUCUUCUUGUGCAUGGUAGGUGCAAAUUGAAGAAUAUAAAUGAUAUGAUUCAUG